GCCCUCCUCAGUCCACUUAUGUCGUGAAAGUAGGCGAGCCAGGUCAUUUAAUAUCAGAGGGGCUGCUCGCUGGUAUGCGUCCAUGGGAUCCUGGUCCUUUAUGUUGAGUGCAGCACCGACAGAGGUAUCAGGUUCACCAUCUCCACAUGUUUCACCUGACAGCCUCUGAGUGAGCUCACCACUUUUACCUUCUGUGUUGUCAUCUGGAUGACUGUGGAAAAAUGAGACAAAUUAUUUCAUCGCACAAGAAGAAGGUUAAAAGACUGCGCAUAGCAAUAAGGGACUUUGAUUACCUUGCUUCUUCACGUGCCAAAUUAAAAUGAAAAAUGUUGCUUCGUGCCCCUUUAAUUCGGUUUCGUUUUGUUGGCUGCGGAGAGAUCAGUUGCAAGGUUAAUUUCUUGCUGAUUCUCAUAAACUGUAGUCAGCUAAAUUAAUAAUGUCCUCACCUGGUCAAAGAAGUACAAAGGGCCACAUCUGAAUUCUGUCAGCCCAACAGAAUAAGUCAUUUUUUUUUUUUAAAUCCACUUAAAUGUCCUUAAAAUGAUCGUCAAACGCAGAAUAGGUACACAAAAAUCCAUAAGUGUAGUGCUUUAAAAUCCACCUCCACUGCUGUCAAUGUGCCUCAGUCCACUCUUUGUGCUGGGCUUGUUGCUUGGUUACACAGUUAUACGCCUCUCCAAAUACUCGCGAUACGCACCAUUAAUCGACUCCGGGCAUCAAACAGAAAGUUAAUCUGUGACAAAACAAAAACCAAAAACAUUAUUGACAAGUAAAAUAAGCUGUUUUCCAUUGAGGAUACACGGAGAAGUGACACACAAGUCGAGGAGCUGCAGGUGCGGACAGUAACCUGAAACUCAGCGCUAGACAAAGUGAUGAUUCUGGCAGUGCAGCUAAAUUUACAUGCCAUUUAUCAGGGCAUGAUGGCUCCAUAACUAAGCAUUUCACCCUCCACAGAGCACAUUGUGUUGCUGUCCCAAAAUGUAAUUUCCCCCUGCAGGAAGAAGAAAAAAAAUCUGAUGAUAAAUGAAAGUUUUUGCUCUUCGUGACAGAGCAGGAUCGUCUUCCCACUCGGGUCAAGUUGUUGCGCGGAGAUUGUCUAAUGGCUCAUUAUUGGCUCAGCUUCCUCCUGCACACUUUUCUGCUUUGACCACUGGAGGCUCUCAGCAGUUUAUGCGUCACUUCACCUCUCAGUCGCUGAUCAUGGCGGAGCUACAGCUCCAGCGUGAAGUGGAGCCUCAACUUCUCAAUGGGGACGACCUGAACGAGGAGAGAAAAGAUGCAGACGCGUCAGAAUCCGUGAAGAAGAGGAGAAGAAAGAAGAAGAGGAAUAAGACCCCAGCACCAGCAGGGACAAAUGAAGCUGAGGGCGAUGGAGAAGCUGGAAGUGUUGGGGAUGUGACAAAACACAUGGAGCAGCAGUCACUGGAGGACAAAGAGAGGGAGGAGGAUGGAGAAGAAGAUGGGGAAGAAGGAGAGAACUCAGCUGGAAAAAAGAAGAAGAAGAAGAAAAAGAAGAAAGGAUUGAAGGGACAGACUGACCCUCCCUCAAUCCCUAUUUGUGAGCUGUUUCCCAGCGGAGACUUUCCAAAGGGAGAAGAGUGUGAAUAUCCACCAUCGAAAGACGGGCGCAGUGCAGCGUGGCGGACCACCAGUGAGGAGAAGCGGGCGCUGGACAUGGCCAACGAGGAGAUGUGGAGUGAUUUCAGGGAGGCAGCCGAGGCGCAUCGGCAGGUCCGCUCCUAUGUUAAUAGCUGGAUCAAACCAGGGAUGACCAUGAUUGACAUCUGUGAGAAGCUGGAGAACUGCUCCAGGACGCUCAUCAAAGAAAACGGGCUAAAGGCAGGUCUGGCCUUCCCCACCGGCUGCUCCAUCAACCACUGUGCUGCCCACUACACCCCCAACGCAGGAGACCCCACGGUGCUGCGCUACGACGACGUCUGCAAAAUCGACUUUGGGACGCACAUCAACGGUCGAAUAAUAGACUGUGCCUUCACCGUCAUCUUUAAUCCAAAGUUUGACAGGCUGCUGGAGGCUGUGAGAGACGCAACUAACACCGGCAUUAAGUUUGCAGGGAUUGAUGUGCGCCUGUGCGAUGUCGGUGAGACCAUUCAGGAGGUCAUGGAGUCUUACGAGGUGGAGAUAGAUGGGAAAACAUAUCAAGUGAAGCCAAUCAGGAAUCUCAAUGGCCACUCUAUCGGACAGUACAGGAUACACUCGGGGAAGACGGUCCCUAUUGUGAAAGGCGGAGAAGCCACGAGGAUGGAGGAAGGUGAAGCGUACGCCAUUGAGACAUUUGGCAGCACAGGAAGAGGUGCAGUCCAUGAUGACAUGGAGUGCUCGCAUUAUAUGAAAAACUUCAAUGUUGGACAUGUACCAAUCAGACUUCCAAGGGCUAAACAUCUGCUGAAUGUGAUCAAUGAGAACUUUGGCACUCUGGCAUUCUGCCGCCGCUGGCUGGACCGCCUGGGUGAGAGCAAGUACCUGAUGGCGUUGAAGAAUCUGUGUGACCUUGGCAUCAUAGACCCGUACCCUCCGCUCUGCGACAUCAAGGGCAGCUACACGGCGCAGUACGAGCACACCAUCCUACUCAGGCCCACCUGCAAGGAGGUAGUGAGCCGGGGGGACGACUACUAAGCAUGCGCCAAACCUGAAGGAGAAGCAGGAGGAGACAAGAAACCUCUGCAGACUGAUCGCAAUUAUGCAAUAUUUCUCUGAUCUAAAUUACCACUGCUUUA